AUGGAGGAUAUUCCUGUAGAAGAGGCUAUACUCCAUGAAGAUUUCACUUCAAAACCAAAUGUGGACAACAACAUAGCUCUUCUGCGCCUUCACGAUCCGAUCGACUUUACUUUUAAAAACGUGGCUCCUAUAUGCCUCCCGGUGUCGAACACACUGAGGAGCGUGUCCAUCGACGGCAAAACAGCGACUCUCGCAAGCUGGAAGUUCAGGAGCGCAAACUCUUGCGAACUAAACAGAAUCAGCCUUCCAUUAGUUACCAGAGAUGAGUGCGUCAAGAAAUAUGAAAAGAGUUCAAAAACCCCUAAAAUAAGCGUCAACCACAUUUGCGCUGAUGAGAAAGCGGAAGAUGCCUGCGGCAUCGUCUCCGGGGAUCCUCUGAUGCUGGAGACUGGUGACAAGGGGGGACGUAGGGUGGUGCAGUACGGGAUAUCCUCCCACGGACCCAUGCGCUGCGGGACCGACUACCCUGGGAUUUACACCGACGUCUCCAAAUACAUGGACUGGAUACUAUCCAACAUGAAAAAGUAAAUGUAGCUGCACUGCGCACAUAAAAUGAAACCAUGACGUGAAUUUUGUGAUUUCCUAAUAAACUGUUUAAAAGCUUA